UCCACCGUCCGUGUGUAUCGUUCUGUAUCGCGGUAAAAUAUCGAUUAAAUCAGAUCGGAACGAUCAACCGACAUUCCGGAGCGCGUGCUGAGCUCGUUCUGGAGAAGCGCCCUCAGACUUUCCUCUCAUGAGCCGCUCGGUUUAUUUGGUCGAUUUUCGGAGUAAUAACUGGAUUUCAGGGGCGGAAUUUCGCUCUUCAUGUCAUGUAGAGACAUUACUCGGUUAAACUGAGCCGUCGUGUUGGGUUAGUGAUGUGACAUUGCUGGUAAAUACCUGUUUAUCCAGGAUGACUCGGCUCGGUUUAACCUCGUUAGCCUGAAGCUAAACAUCCAGCGGUUGUCAAAACAACCGAAAAUCGAAUCGAACAUUUGGUGGAUCUGCGCUUGUGUUAAUAUAGUCGUGAAGCCAUGGCGGAAAGUGCGGGGAUAAAGAACGGGAAAGCCUUAGAUAGCGCAGUAACCGGGGUGCUCAGGGAGGCAGGAGAGAGUCCCGGCUCCAGCCCCGGCUCCGGGAGGAAGAAGCCGCAUCAGUCGCUCUCUUCUCGGUCCGCGAAGCCUUACGCAGCCGCCGCCGGUCACUGUUUCCGCAAAGCGACCCUGACCAAGCCGACCUACUGCCACAACUGCAGCGACUUCAUCUGGGGACUCGUGGGCUACAUCUGUGAAGACUGUAACUUCAUGUCUCAUGAGAAGUGUCUGAAGUACGUGAGGAACGUCUGCUCCUGUCUGGCGUCCACGGUCGUGCGGGUUCCUGUGGCUCACUGCUUUGGUCCAGCCGGUCAGAAGAAGCGCUUCUGCGGAGUGUGCCGCAAGAUCCUGGAGGGGACGGCGGCCCUGCGGUGUGAGGUGUGCGAGCUGCACGUUCACAGCGACUGCGCCCCGUUCAGCUGCAGCGACUGCCGACUGUGUCACCAGGAUGGAGAGCAGGAAUACGACAUGUACCAUCACCACUGGCGGGAGGGGAACAUAGCAUCGGGAGCUCGAUGCGAGCUGUGCCGCCGCGUGUGCAGUUCCUCCGACGUCCUUUCCGGCAUGAGGUGCGAGUGGUGCGGCAUCACGGCUCAUGCCUUUUGUUACGUAACGGUCCCUCCGGAGUGCAGCCUGGGUCGUCUGCGAGGCAUGGUCCUUCCCCCCGGCUGCGUACGGAUCUGCUCGCGCAACUUCAGCAAGAUGCACUGCUACCGCAUCUCCGAACCCUCGCAGCAGUGCGAACUGGACAAUCUGGAUGACGUAGAUAUCCAGAGCACAACAGCACUCAAGGAGAACCAGACCUCAGGCUCAUCAGAUACUGGGAAGCAGACCCUCAGAGUGUAUGAUGGCGACGAUGCCGUGAAACGUAACCAGUCCCGCUCGGUCUGCGUUCCCAGAAUGGCCAAGACUGAGGAAAUAGUGGAAGCUGCUCUGCGUGCGUUUUACGUAGCGGACGAACCGGAUGAUUAUGAGUUCCAGGUUCAGACCCAGCCCGGUCUGCUCACCGACGACAUCAUCAACCGCAACGGCACGCCCGAUAACAAGACGGCGGUUAAGGACAACCUGCCGGAGACGUGGGUUCUCCGAGCCAAGGCCAGAGAGACCGAGCUGCUGAAGAUCUACGCCGGCUGGCUCAAGGUCGGCGUUGCUUACAUUUCCAUCACUGUCGGGAAGACGAGUACCGUGGACUCCAUCAUCAAAGAAGUGCUCGGCCAGCUCGGGAGGCAGGAUGAAGACCCGGCGCUGUUUAACCUUGUGGAGGUUUUCAUGAGCAGCAAGCAAGUGCAGAAGCAGGUCCUCGGAGGUCAGGAGCUGCUGCUGGACAAGCUGAAGGAAAUCAGGAAGAUUUCUCUCAGGCAGAUGAACCAGACUCGCUUUUACAUCGUGGAGAAGAGAAAUCAGGUGGUGCAGGUGGAUCUGCUGCUCGGGGGGCUUCCGGUGCAGCUCAGUACGGAGGAGUACACCCAACUGCUGCAGCAGCACCUGGCCAUCAAGAGUCACUUGAUUAGCAUCACUCACGUCUACGCGGGACAAGGAGCGGUGGUAUUGCAGAUUAGCUGUUUCUCCGAGGCCGAGCGAAUCUACAUGCUGGCUAAGGACACCACCGUCGAGGGCAAACAGCUCACCUCUCUGGUUAUCCCUCAAAUCCCGAAAAGCAAGCUUCCCAGAGACUCCUGCCCUCUGCUGGUGUUCGUGAACCCCAAAAGCGGAGGCCUUAAAGGCAGAGAGGUUCUCUACGGCCUCCGUAAACUUCUCAACCCUCAUCAGGUGUUCGAGCUGACCAACGGAGGUCCUCUGCCCGGGUUGCACACGUUUCGGGAGCUUCCACACUUCAGGAUGCUGGUGUGUGGGGGAGACGGAACGGUCGGCUGGGUCCUGGGGGUUCUGGAGACCAUCAGACACAAACUGGCGUGUUCUGAGCCCGCCAUUAGCAUCAUCCCUCUGGGCACAGGUAAUGACCUGGCGCGCGUCCUGCGUUGGGGGGCGGGGUACAGUGGCGAAGACCCCUUCAACAUCCUGGUCUCUGUGGACGAAGCAGAAGAGGUGCAGAUGGACCGCUGGACCAUCCUGUUUGACGCUCAGGAAAUGACACCAGACGGAGAGCAGAACGGCUUCCUGGAGCCCCCGAAGAUCAUCCAGAUGAACAACUACUUCGGUCUGGGGAUCGAUGCCGAGCUCAGCCUGGAUUUCCAUCACGCUCGGGAAGAGGAGCCGGGAAAAUUUACCAGCAGGUUCCAUAACAAAGGCGUCUACGUGAAGGUGGGUCUGCAGAAACUCAGUCACACGCGAAACCUCCAUAAAGAUCUGAAGCUUCAGGUGGACAAGCAGGACAUAGAACUGCCCAGCAUAGAGGGUCUGAUCUUCCUCAACAUUCCUAGCUGGGGUUCCGGUGCUGAUCUGUGGGGUUCGGACAAUGAUGCCCGCUUUGGGAAGCCCAGGAUAGACGAUGGCGUGCUGGAGGUGGUUGGAGUGACUGGAGUGGUACACAUGGGUCAAGUACAAAGCGGGUUGCGCUCGGGGAUCCGGCUCGCUCAGGGCAGCUACAUCCGCAUCACAAUGACCAAACCCAUCCCAGUGCAGGUGGACGGGGAGCCGUGGAUCCAAUCCCCCGGACAAAUCAUCAUCUCUGCUGCUGGACCCAAGGUGCACAUGCUGAGGAAAUCCAAGAGCAAGCAGAAGAAGCAGUCUGGGAGUCUGAAGGAGGGCAGAGCCGAGAGCCCGGCGCCGGGAGAGGGGUCAAACUGAUGUGACGUCCUGCCCACACACUGUAUCAGAAGUCAUAACGACACCGGGCAUUCAGUAACGGGUCGGCGUUCACCUUCUCGGCGCGGUCAUGCCAUGCAGACUGGACAUUACGCUUACGAUACAAACAGAAACAAUCAUUCAGUGUUAGACGUGAUUAGUAUAGUACAAGGAACAUGAAGAGCAACAUCUACUCGUGUACUUUUAGCCGCCUCGAUGUAACACAGACGUUUCUGAAUAAAAGCAGCUCGAGAGAGAGAUCGGUUAGGGAACCGGACAGGACUCGGUUUCUCUGAUACGGAAUCGCGGUUACCUUAAGGUCCACUCGGAAGCUCUGAAACGUU